GACAUUUCAAAAAGUAUAACAGUUAUGGAUUUACAAUAAUAUAUUUUUAGCGAUCAAGUAUUAAUAUUUUAAUUGUUCUAAUUUGCUUUUUCUGUAUUCCUCUAUGCUGAAGAAUAUGUUAAAUGAAGCUACAAUUUAUUUAUUUUAUGCAUCGAAGAAAAGGCUCUUUAUAAAGGAUGCCAAAAUCCUAAUUCCAAAAACAUGGUCAUCAAGCAAAAACUAUGCAAGGCCAAAAACUGAAACCUAUAACAAGGCAGAUGUUAUCAUUGCUGAUUAUUACUUGAACUACGGAGACAACCCUUAUACUUUGCAAUAUGGUGGCUGUGGAAAACAAGGGAAAUACAUUCACCUGACACCUAAUUUCAUGGUGCUGGAUAAUUUAUCUUCAGUAUAUGGAACUCGAGGUCGAGUGUUUGUGCAUGAAUGGGCCCGGUAUCGAUGGGGAAUUUUUGAGGAGCAUAAUACAGAGAAACCUUUUUACAUUUCCGGAGAACGUAACACAGAAGCCACAAGAUGUUCUGUGGAUAUUUCUGGUGUUUACACAAAACAGGAAUGUAAAGGAACGUCCUGCACAAACAGAAACUGUGAUUUUGUUUAUGAAACUGGUCUUUAUGAGGAAGGUUGUGUAUUUGUACCUGAGAAGAACCGGUCAGUUGCACAAUCUAUUAUGUAUACACCAGCAAUCUACUCUGUAAAUGAAUUUUGCAAUGAAAGCAACCACAACAUUGAAGCUCCAAAUCUACAAAACCGUCUGUGUAACUGCCGCAGUACUUGGGACAUCAUCGCAAAUUCUGCUGACAUAAAAUCCUCUCCUCCAAUAGUUAGCACAUUAAGUAUUCCUGCCCCUGCUUUUUCUCUGAUGCAAUCCAGGGACAGAGUCAUCACUUUACUGCUUGAUGUCUCGGGAAGUAUGACUAAACACGAUCGCAUAGGACGGAUGUAUCAGGCAGCGGAUAUAUUCCUGACUCAGAUUGUAGAAACAGGAUCUUACGUGGGGAUUGUUGAGUUCUCAAGUUACCCCUUUGCGAUUUCACAACUAACGCAUAUUUUCAGCAAGGAACAGCGUAAGAAGCUGAAAACACUUGUUCCCUUUACAAACACAAAUUCAGCAUCAGAUAUUUGUCCUGGAAUCUUAUCGGCAUUACAGGUAAAUAGGAAACUUGAUGGGACUUGUUAUGGUACAGAAAUAAUUUUAGUGACAGAUGGUGCGGAUGAAUUUGAUACUAAGCGCUGUUUUCCGGAUAUCCUAGACAGUGGAGCGACCAUACAUAUCGUAGCCCUGGGGUCAGAAGCUCCAAAGGAGCUUGAACAAAUAGCAAACCUUACAGGUGGAUCAAAAUAUUUUGUAAAUGAUAAACUGGAUUCAAAUGAUUUAAUUGAUGCUUUUAGUGGAAUUCAAUCAGAAAAUGGGGAUAUUACACAAAAGGUUAUACAGCUGGAAAGCGCUGCUUUAAAUCUUAAACCAAAUAAAUGCUGGAAUGGAACCAUUUUCAUUGACAGCACUGUGGGAAAUGAUACUUUCAUUUUAGUUACUUGGCAAAGCUCAGUUCCAGCUAUUAAUGUACGAAGCCCAACAGGUUUAUUGCUCACUGUUGCCAAUUUCUCCAGUGACUCAAUCGCUAAUUUGUCUCGAGUAGAAAUCCAAGGAACAGCAGAGAGAGGUUCCUGGUUUUAUAAAAUUUGCAAUCAAAAUACAUCAAAUCAAGCUAUAGGUAUAAUAGCAACAUCUAAGGCAGCUGAUGAAAAUGUACCUCCGAUUACAGUAACUGCUUAUAUGGAUAAGGGAAUAAGCCAAUACCCAGAUCCAAUGGUUGUCUAUGUCUGUGUUGGUCAAGGGCAUCUGCCUGUGACAGAAGCAAAAGUGACAGCAAUCAUUCAAUCAGAGAGUGGAAAUUCUGUGGCACUGGAGCUUUUGGACAAUGGAGCAGGUGCUGAUAUUAUAAAAAACGAUGGAAUAUAUUCAAGGUACUUUUUUCAGUUCAUAGAAAAUGGGAGAUACAGCUUAAAAGUGCGUGUUGAAAGCAUAAGGAAUGCAAGUCGCCUCUCUACACCGAGGAAUCGAGCUCUUUAUAUACCUGGCUAUGUAGAAAAUGGUAAAAUCACUAUGAAUCCUCCAGAUCCUUCUGUAAGUGAUAAUGGCCAUCACUCUAACCUUGGGCCAUUCAGUAGAACAGCUUCUGGUGGGUCUUUUGUUGUCUCUAACGUGCCCUCAACUCCAAAAUGGGACAUCUAUAAACCAGAGAAAAUUACUGACUUGGAGGCAAAGAUAGAAAAAAACACUGUUGUGUUAACUUGGACAGCAACGGGACAGAACCUGGAUCAGGGAACAGCUUCAAGCUAUGAUUUAAAAAUGAGCACCAAUCCCAGAAUCCUAAGAGACUGGUUUGACAACUGCACUUCAAUAAAUAUUUCGGGGCUCACACCACAACUUGCUGGAUCCAUAGAAUUGUUUAGAUUUGUACCAGAAAAUGUUGUUAUAGAAAAUGGCACCAUCCUUUAUUUUGCUGUGGUUGCUUUUAAUAAAGUCUUCCAUAGGUCAGAACAAUCUAAUAUAGCGCAAGCUGCACUGUUAAUUCCUCCAGCACCAACUCCAAGUAGUUCUACUUCUUUGCAAAAAAGCACCAUGCAAAUUGUAUAUACUACAUAUAGUCACAAAACACCAAUACUAAAUGAUACCACAUCACAACCACCAAUACCAAAUGCCACCACAUCACAACCACCAACACCAAAUGACACCACAUCACAACCACCAAUACCAAAUGAUACCACAUCACAAACACCAAUACCAAAUUACACCACAUCAGAAUUACCAACAUCAGGCAGCACAUUACUUAAUAUCACAACACUCACACCUGAAAUUACCCAGCUAACACCAAAUAAAACUACACAAAUAAAAACUAAUACCACAUCUAGCCUUCCACAAAGCCACACCACACAAAAUAGCUCAGUAUCGACUGCAACUCCUAGUAUUCAAAUGCCAAACAGUACAACUCCUGAAACAAACUUUUCCAUAACAGCACCAACUACCAGUCCAAACAGCAGUUUUAGGAGACAAAGUAAGACAGUACUGGUGUUGGUACUAUGCCUAGUUGCAAUAUGCCAGUCAUUAGUGUCCAUAGUGUGAGAUGUGAAACUACUUUGAUGUGGGUUCAUCAGAGUCUGAGAGGGGGAGUUUAAAUUAAGCAAAGUGUAGGAAGAAAAUCUGUGUUAUUUUUGUGGUAGUUAAUUUUAAAUGACCCUAUAUUAAAAUAUUGUUGAUUUUUUUUUGUGUGCAAAUCUAAAUCUUGAAAAAUGCAGUUCACAAAAGAGACCGUUCCCCAUAUCAAACAAUCAUCUUUUCACAUAAUUCACAAUAGUCACAGUAUUUCAGGGUUUUCUCACUUAUGUCAUUAACAAGAACAUGUACCCACAUUUAAAAAUAUCAAUAUAUAAGGUGCUGUUGGUUUGGCUGAGCACUUGGGAUAGACAAAUGUAAGAAUUUGGACAUACGAAUGGCAGAACAAAUGUUGCCCUUGACAUUUAUUCUGUAAUUCAAAUAUGUCUAAAGAAUAAACAUUAAGGGGUUGAUCACAAUCUUUUAGAAAAACAAAUCAACUGAUUCAUUUUUAAGCAACUGUUGAUUGCUUGAAAAUGUGUUUGGAACAACAACAACAAAAUCAGACAUUUCUUAUUUUUCAAGAAAUGUACCUCAAUAUUUGAUCAUUCCUUUUUAACAAACUAAUUUGAAUGUUUUACAAAUUGAAAAUAUAAUCACCUUGUAUAUAUCUUGCCAUAUCACACAG